CGCGAAAGUGACGCAGACGCAUUAGUCUAUUGUCUCUCUGCAGGAGACCCCACCAACGGAGUUGGGGUGGAGGCUUGCAGCGUUAGGACGUGAGUUCAUUUUAUUGAGGUUAGUCUGGUGAGUUUGGAUGCGGAGGAGCGACUCUCAGAUUGGACGCUGGAUGCCCCGUCGGCGACAUAUGUGACUGUCUUCCAUCACGCCUCAGUGAAAGUGGAUUCCAAUCAGGACAACAGAACUGCAGCCCAAUGCAAGCCCCUUCAUGGACUGCAAGUGGAUGGAAUAAUCCACCCUUAGGGCAAGGACAGACACCUUAUAUUUACCAGAAUGUUUUUAAUGGAGGAGGGGCUAAUGGAAUUCCUUGCACAUAUGUUGGUCAACAUCAGUCACGAUCGCAAACUGGACCAGUAUCGCAGUUGAUCGGAAAUGUCAACAAUGAAAGUCAUUGGAUUUACCAGGUGCUACAGGUGCCAACAGGACCUUCCACAGACAUACAAGCAAAUUUCAGAGGGACUGCAUCCUCCUUGGCAUCAAGAAAUCAAUCUGUGUUUGACGGAAGGGGGUGCACUAUUUCAAACGGAGUACAGUGGGGUCCAUCAUCAAGCUGGAAUUCAACAAAGAAUGGUUCCAUUGUUCCAAAUCUGACAGAGUCUUCUGUGGCAGGGCAGAAUGGCUCUCUUCACCCUGUCUCAACUAAUCCUGUGUUUAACCACCUUGACUGUAGACCUCUGGAUAGGGUAUGUGAUAGGAGGCAAGGGUCCGCAAACUCCUUUUCUCCUUAUCCUACGAAACAAGCUGGGGGGACGACUUACGCAAAGAUGACAGCCCCAGUGAACCACUGUCCAGCGUAUGGUGGGAGUGAGCUGGUCAAUAACGGACAGAGGAACGGUCCCAUGUCCACCACUGUUGGUUCUGCUGUGACACUGAGUGCUAAUCUAAAUUACCCAAUGGCAGAUAUGAAUAAUGGGGUGAAUGUGGUGCAAGAAGUAAUAAGUGCUCAAAGGCUAACAAAUUGUGGUAAGGAGGCAAGCCCAGUUCAUGAGGCAGUGACCUGGGGUCAUGGUCAAGGUCCACCUGCAGUUGGAUCAUCAGUACUGCAAAGUUCCAAUGCAAACUGCCAGCCUUCCAGUGUUGUGACUUCAAGAACGAACAUGCAGGGGUCGCACUCAAACGAUUCUACAGUGGCUUUUAACUUAGUCUCUGCCUUCCAGAAUAGGGUUGAAGUUUUGCUUAGAAAAAUGUAUGACCAAGAGAGAAUGAGGAGUGAGAAAUCAAGUACAGUGCAGGUGGGUGCUAGAGUGCCCAACCAGAAAAUUCCUACCACCCCUGAACUGCCUCCCUUGACCAUGAAUACAAACUCAUCUUUUGCAAAUGGCACCAGUGACUCAAACAGUAUCUCUUAUUCCAGCAUUGCCCAUGUGCAGCCUUCAUCUGGUCCAUAUGACACUAGGCAGUCUCAUCAGAACUUACCCAGUAAUUCCAGUGGUGGCAUCGUUUCUCACGGCUUCCCAUAUAUCCAGCAGCAAAGUGAUGCUUCCCCUGCCAUGUGCCUGCCCCCACCACCUGCACCACAAGAACAGAAAAGUAUUGGCAAUAAUUCUCAAGGAUCAAGAGUUUUGUGUGAGAAUGUACCUCAUGUUUACCAGAACCAGGAGUUGCCACGUGAGAGAUUAUGCCAGAAUAAAGCUAGAGAGUCCUAUGCUUUGGCACAAGUGAAUGGCCAAAGGAGUCAGGCAAUAACAAAUUCAGGGCCCAUUCAUGGCUUUUGCACCACCACAAAUGCCCCCUCAACUUUUGCUGCUGAUCCUCAUAAUUUUAAACGCAGUCACAGUUGGCCUUCAAACCAAGUAGUGCGGUCAUGUGGGCAGCUACCAAGUGGGACAAAUGCUGCCCCUCCUGCAUAUCAACAGAGAAAGGAGUACUGUCUGUCAGUGGAAGAGAGCAGACAAAGAAAUCAUUUUACUGCUGAGAAGAAUCCGCCUCCAAGCUAUGCUUUGGCCACGGAGCAAAAUCAAAUGCUUAGAGGCAAGACUACCAAAGUUGACUCUAGUAAGCAUUCAGAAAGGUGCCAUUACCAAAACAGUUCUGAGGACAGAUCCAAAUGUCUGAACACUGACACGACUUCUCCAGGAUGUAUUCGGCAACUUGAGUACACCAAAAAGCAGCACAAUCUAUCUGCGGCAUUGGUGGGGAUGAAAGCAAUUGCCGUCGUUCCUCCAAUAUCACAGCAGUCAAGCACUGACCAAACAUUUGGUAUUGCAAAUGAAGAUAAAGAAUUCAAGAUUCAGACUACUUUUCGCAAUAAAAAUGUUGGAGGAAACCCUGAGAGUGAACCAAAUAAUCCCGGUUUGUCUCAUAAUGUAAAAGAGAGCACUCCCACAUUUUCUUCACCAGGCAGAUCCUUAUGUAAUGUGAUACCUACUGUAGUGGAGACUUCAGAUGUGGUUAAAGCACAACUAUCAAUUCAAAAAUCUGCUGUGUUAGCGGAAACCUCUGCUUUCAAUGUGGGGAGCAGUCAGCUUCAGCCGAAUGCUAACAAAGAUGAGGAAUUGCCUACAAAGGAUAUAUUUGAUUUAUCCACAGUUCCUGUCAUUUUUUGGACUGUUGACAAACUAAGGGAGUUGAUUGCUGAACUGGAAAAAGACUCAACACCACCUCAGUCCAAGAUGGAGGAGAGCCCAACACCUCACAUUGUUGAAAUGUUUUGGGUUGGCUGUGAGCAACAUCUCUACAGUGCAUUAGAUGCAAAUUUUGAGGAGACUAUUAUUGAUACUUGGAGGACAUGCAGCGAAGAUGAAAACCCAGUCAUAUUUUCGGAGGUUAUCUCUGCAUACAGUGCGAAAUUAGCAGAAGCGUGUCUCAUUCUGGGACCAGAUGUUUACAUUCCUAAUGAUCCAGUAUGUAAGCCACUGUCGCUAAAUCUCUGUGAAAGGACAGACAAUGUAGACAAACACCAUGUAAACCCAAAGAGUACUGAAGUACGAGUAACUGAGAGGGACAAUUGGAGAAUAAAGCCUGAUGAGAAAUGCAGAGUGGAAGAACCUGGCACUGACACUGAAUUACUGCAGAAACAGCCCCAGACUGAGAAGCUGUGCCCUUUGGUGGGGGCUUCUGAUCCCCUGUCUUUGUUACAGAUUAAGGUUUUAUCACCUACAGAGGCAAGAGAAUUGUGCCUUUUUGGUAGCCAGCCAAGUGAAAAUGACACCAUAGAAGAUCCUGAAACUAAAGUGGCUCAAGGAUCACAUGAUCAUGACAGUGCAGUGGAGUCUUAUUGUUGUCUCUCUCGGUGGAUGGAAGUAACUAUUGGGUAUGAAGCGAGCUCACUCUGCAAGUGCAGAGUUAAUUCUCAGGAAGGACAGGAGGUACAUGAAAUGGUUAAUAAAGAGAGAAAGAUGGAGGAGGGACCAUCCACGACAACUUAUUUGGAAAAACACUGUUUUCCACAAGCAGAGCCAAAUCGUAGUCCAAUACGCCAAACUGAAUUGAUGGCUUCAGAGUCACCGACUGAGAGUGAUGUAACAUCUAAUGAAUGUGCAGCAACUAGCAAUGUAAUUCAAAAUCCUCUUAACUCUGAUGUGGACGUGCUUGUAGUAACUAAGGAAUCUCGUCCAGAAUGCAGUAAAGGAGACGACAUGAGUGCAGAAGGCCCUGAUGAGCAUGCAGUAGAGGAAAUCAUCUUGGAACUUAAAACCAAGUUGUCUGCUGCUGCUGACAGUGACUUAAAAGUUGAACAUGUGAAUUGCAAUUCUGAAGAAGUUCUUGUAGCACCUGUUGUGACGCCUGAGGAGCAGUGCAGCAAACGGCUUUCUGAACAAAAGUCAUGGGGAAGUCAGAGUAGCAAAACUGAUACUAAAGAUGUGAUUUUUGGGGAGAUAGGGGCUAUUCUUAAAGAAAGUACUUUUGAGGGUAUGCAGUUGGUUGACCUUCAAGCGAAGUUGACAGGGACUGUGUCACACUCGUUAAGGCAAAGGAUUUUCAGUAGGAAACAGAAAAAAUUGAGUGGAAGAAAGAAAAUGCAAAAAUCCAAAUCCAAAGUGCCAUUUCAGAAGCCUUUGCCUCAAAGUCUUAAGACCGUACAAAAGGAGGCACCCAGCUCUCGGUCUAUCGCCAGCAUUAAAACAAACGUGGAUUGUAGUCACAGCAAUCAACAAAAAACACUUAAUGGCACAAAUAAACACAAAAAAGACUCUUUGAAUGUUGCAAAACUGCAUUUCGGCACUUGCAGUAAAAGCAAGCAAGCGAGUGAAAACGAGGCAAAAAUUCGGAGAACUGAAAGGUUACAAAGUUUAUCUGUGUCAUCGGAAGGCAUUGCCAGUCUAGCUUUAUAUGGGUCUUCUCCUCAAAAGCAAAAAUACAUGGUUGUUUCCAGCACACAGCCUGAUCUCAAGCCUCGGACAAGCACCACGACUGGGCCUCCUACAACAAUUAGCCUAAAACUUCACUCCCAGAAGAGAGAACUUCUGGAAGAAGACAACCUUCUACAAGGUACUGCAGCAAGACAAAGGGUGUAUUCCUCCUGGGAAAGAAGCUUGGUUCAACAACAGGGCGAUUUUAAAUCAAAGAUAAGGCCAACCAAAAACAGCAAGGGUUCACAUAAACUUGCCAAAAAACCAAAGGCAUCAUCAGAAAUUGCAAGAAUCAGGGAGGGAACCGGCAGCAGUAGGGUGUCUUCCCAAAAAAAUGUUUCUCCAGUCACACCCAAGAAAUGUCAUGAAUAUGAGAAGAAUAAAAGCAUGACUUGUACUCACAGAGUCAAUUCUGCUUCCGAAACUGUUCAAAAGAAAGAUCCUGGUGCAUUAAAGCGUGGGAUGGUUCAAAACACACGCCAGCCGUCAAAAGAAGAUGAACAGCUGCUGUGUUCAAAAGGGAAGAAAAGGAAAAUUUCCCAAAAGGGGGGGCCAACUCACAUAUCGAAGAAGCCACGCAAAUCAAUCUCCAGCAAUUCUGUGGGGAAGAGCAAAUACGAGAUGGGGAACCCAGCUCUGAUGCCAAUACCGGUGGAGGAAAAGGUUCUGGAAUUCAAGCUGCUGCCCACGUCUUUCAACUUCAGAGAGCCUCAAGAAAUAUCAGUGAUGAAGAAGCCCUCAAAAGAACUUACAGAUUCUGCCUUUCCCCAAAGAGUCGAACACACUCGAACACUGAAGGCGACAACCUGGAAACUGAAAAGUCACUGGCGUUAUGGUCCAAAUAAAAAAGACCCACCCAUCUCUGAUGUACCAUCACGCAGAGUCGGCCAGUCACACACAACAUAUGAAGAGUAUAAGAAGCGAUAUUUAGCAAAGGCUGUGAAAUGACCGAUCUCAGAAUGCACUGCACGGAUUGACACCGUCCUGCUUUACCACGUUUCCUAUGGAAACUCUCAUUUCUCUGUUUGAGUAAAGGAAUACCUUACAGUUUUGUAUUACAUUCAUAAACAGGAAUUCUAUUUCUUGUUUUUUUUUUACUUUGGGAUUAUUGAUCUGUACCUGACUUGACAAUAAAUAAGUACAAUAAAUAUGGUUAAUGUUUA